GUGCUCGCGGGCCAGCCCGACCCGCUGGUCGACUUCUGCGAGGAGCAGUCGCCGCUGGAAGCGGCGAAUUGGUUUCGCCACGCGGCCCCGCCAGUCGCCCGCAGGGCCCCUGCCAUGCCGCGUGUCGUCCCUGCGACCUCCCUCGAGUCGGUGCUCAAGCUGCAGGUGCUCAUGGAGGGUGCGCGGGUGGGGCGCAACGGGCCUGCGGCUGCCAGUGCUGGUGCUGAGGGCCGUGCCGCUGGCGCCUUCGCACCGCCGCCGUAUGCCGCGGCCAGCGGGUGUGAGGGCAGUGAGGGCGACUGCAGCAGCAGCGAGGAGGUCAGCCUCGGCGCGGGGCUUGGUGCGGGAGAGGCGGAUGUGGCCGCGGCCUGCUCUGCCAUCCCCGCCGCCUUUUCGGGGCCCAGCGGCGACGUCCUGGAGCGCCUGGGCCGCUACAGUGCGGCGAUGCAAAACGGCGGCGGCAGCGACCAAUCGCGCGAUGGGAGGGUCGCAGUGGCCGUGCGCUGCGAUGCCGUUGUGGGGGCUACCUGGCGUCUGGAGCGGGCCGAGGCGUUCGAGAGCCUCCAGGCGCGAUUCGCGCAGCUAGCAGCCCGAGCCUCGCGGGCGCGGGAGCUGGCCGACGCGCGCGAGCAGCAAUAA